AUGGAGGAAUUAGCUAAAUUGGAAUCAACCUUGUGGCAGGAAUGUUCAAUUUUGGCGGAAAAGAUCAGCGUACUGGAGCACUCCUCUCCACAGCAGCUGCCUCAGGGAGUUAUUCGACCCUGCCAUCCACCAGUCAAGUUGGCUUUGGCAGAUAGCGUCCUACCCGAGGUUGCUGCCUUUCAGGAAUAUCUAACAAACAGCGGUGGUCGCACCGGUGGAUGGAAGGACUUCAGCCACCAGACCUUCCUCAAAAUUCGUCGACGAUAUGUCCGGCAAAAUUCUACCACUUCAGACGAGAAAUCAGAUAACACGGUUUCUGAGGAUGUGAGGGAACAAUUUUACCACGAGGUCAUGUCGACUCUAGGCCUCAAGUCGAUAGGGGUGGUGGCCAGUCACGAGGAAUGGUUUACAAAACUUGCCCAAUUGGAGGCAGCUAGUAAACGCGCCCUGAGAGAUCGUAGAUUACGACAGGCAGAGACACAGUCAGCGAGGCGGUCGUCUUGUGGAGGAGAUGCUUCGCCCAAACCACGGCUUAAGUCAGCUCCACCAACCAAUCGACAGCAGCAACGAGCCUUGUUGGAUGCCUGGCGAGAGGCGAGAGAGCGCGAGGCGGCGCAUAAAUUGGAAGAAGAGCGUAGAGCCAAAGACGAAGAGCAGCGCCUCGUGGCGAGGCGAAGGAGCAAGCGCAAUGUUAGGUUCUUUGACUGUAUUGACCGCAUCUUUUCUUCUGCGCAGGAGGCAUUGAAGGCCAAGCUGGCGCGUUUUCGUCAGAAGCGAGAACAGGCUAUGUCUUCAGCAAGACUGGCUCAAAACGAGACAUUUUGCUACGAUUUCCAACAGGCUACAAAGCCCUGUCUUUCGCAGGUGGAUAAGGACAGAAUUCGUGAAAGGACAAAUCACUUGCUGCAAGUAAAAAUGGAACGCAAAGCCGCAAAAUCGCGAGCCCAGGAGGAACAGGAGAUGCGCAUCACUCGCACAACUUCCAUGUUAGCGGUUCAAGUGGAACGCGAUCCACACCGAGCCACUGGUCCUACGGAAAUUUGGAAGAUUCGAAUUCAAGCAUUGGAGGACGAAAAGAAGAAACCAUCAUCGAAGCCGAUCGUAGCCGCGGUGGCUUCAAAUAGACGCCAGAGGGCUAUUCCGGAGUGGAGAAGGCGAGUUUCUCUAGUCUGA